AAAACUUUAUUGGAUGCUUUAUAUCGGUUGGAUUUUUCUAACAAACCACAAACUCAAAAAGCGUGUUAUCUAAAUAAAGAAGGUUAUAUUGAAAUGCUACCUCAUGGUCGAAAGAAGGCUACCUAUUGGAACCCAUGGAAAAAGAAAUAUAUUAGAUUAAAAAAUGGCUUUCUUUUCUGUUAUGAUAAUAUGCAGUCAGAGCAGCCAUCACUAACAAUUCAACUGAUGGGAGGUCAAAUAGAAAUUUUAGAUAACAAAAUUAUAGGUAUUGAUGAUCAGAAAGGCCACUUUAUUGUUUUAAGGUGCAUAAAUGAAGAUGAUGUAGACACCUGGUUUGAUGCCUUUAGCAGUCAAUGUACUGAAGACUUUAUGAAUACCUACACAAGUCCUUGUCCUCAUCCUAUAUCUAUUAAUAAGAAAGUCGUCGUUAUUGAUCUUGGAAGCAGUUCUAUUCGUGCUGGUAUUCUUAAGUCUAGUCCUUCCCUUCCACAGCUGUUUUUCCCUACUGUUUGUGCAAUCAACAAAAAAAGUCAGAAAAAAAUAUUUGGUUGUGGAGCUUUAAACCCAGAUAUCCGAAAAGACAGUUAUUUAAAAUUUCUUCUUCAUCCAUCAGCUAAAGUUGCAAAGUAUAGCAUUGAUACUUCCUUGUUACUGGAUCUAUUGAAGUAUAUAUUUCAAGAACUAAACAUUUAUCCUGAAGAUUAUAAGGUACAGCUUAGUAUGCCUCGGAACUUAAAUUUUCAAACCAAACUGAAAAUUGCUCACAUAUUGCUGGAUGAUUUUCAAGUUGAAGGUCUUAAUCUAACUCAUCAAGCUAUACUCUCGCUUCAUGCCUACAAUUCAAAAUCUGGAAUAGUUGUUGAUAUUGGUGACAGACUGGAUGUGAUUCCAAUAAUAGAAGGCUAUAUUGUUGAAAGUGGAGUUACAAGACUUCCUUAUGGAGGCCAAAGGAUGUUACAUCAUCUAAAACAUGCUUUAACUGAAAUGAACAUUAGUUUGGUAAGUGAUGCGGAAACAUAUUUAGCCCGUUACACACUAGAACAUUUGUGUUAUGUAGCAGAAGACUAUACUGAAGAAUUACAGAAGUAUUAUUCUCAAAAAGAGGAUUUCUGUAUGUCUGUUCCUACUGCACAGUUUUUCCAGGAACAAUGUCCAUUUCAAGAAAUGUUUCUUGAUAUAGGAAGAUUUCAUGUACCAGAAGGCUUGUUUACACCAGAAAUUUGGGGUCUUGACAAUUUUGGUCUGCAUAAACUUGUAUAUCAUGCCAUCCAUGAGUGUGGAGUUGACUUACGGAAAGAAAUGACCAAGAAUAUAUACAUAAGUGGUGGACUUACUUUAUUACCAGGGUUUGUGGAGCGAUUAGAAAGAGAAAUCGAUAAAAUAACACCAAAAACCAUCACUCCAAAAGUUCAUGCCUCACCAUACAGAUACCAUAUGUCAUAUAUAGGUGCUUGCCAAAUAGCAUUAGAACAGAAAUUUGAAAAUCUUUGCCUCACAAAGAAGAUAUGGAAAAAAGAAGGAAAUUCCUGCGUUAAAAUGUGGCAUACUUAAUGUGAGAAAACUAACUGCACACAUACCAGUAUAUUCAAAGUUAUUGUGAGAAUGAAUUUAUGAGCUUGUCUUUGAUAAAAAUAAUAAACAAAAUAUUUUGAUAUGCCUUA